AUGGUCAGCUGUAGCGUACCAGGCAACAUCGAGUAUUAUUUCAAAUGUACAAGUAUUUAUGAAGGAUCCUUGUGGUGGGGUCAAUUGUCAUUUAUGACUAGAAGGAGAAGCCUGCAAAGUGCAAACGUGCAGGUCACUUUGCCUAAAGGAGCAUUUGUGCAGGAUUCCUGUAGUUCACUGGUUUGUAAUUCAAAACCUGAACCAGUACAUGCUGAAGUAGCUGAGGUAAAUGAAAACAAGGGAGGUGAUUGUGAUUCCUCAUCUACCAGCUUUUCACAUGGGAAGAAAGUGUAUACCGACUAUUCUGUUAUUGGCAUAUCUGGAGAUGGACGAUGUUUGUUUCGCUCUGUUACUCAUGGAGCUUGUUUGCAAUCUGGAAAGCCUGCUCCAAAUGAGACCCUUCAAAGGGAACUAGCAGACAAAUUACGAGCUAGAACAUUAGAGUGGCAAGACUUCAUUAAUUCUCAUGAUUGCAGGAUGCCAAUCACAGUCUACAUGAACGAUAAGGAUUCUGGUGGUCUGAUAUCCAUUGCAGAGUAUGGGCAGGAAUAUGGCAAGGAUAGUCCUAUCGAAGUCUUGUAUCAUGGUUUUGGUCAUUAUGAUGCAUUGCAGAUUCCUGGUAACAAGGGUGCAAGAUCAAGACUCUAG